AUGCACAUCCCAGAAACAAAUGCGUGGGAUGCGCUCGAAGACGGAAAUGAUCUCACCCGCCUUAAAACGUUAGUGGUACGGUCCGUCCCAGGUUUGAAAUGUCUACAACUGCACUCAUGCACGGCACUGGAAGAACUGACAAUUAAUUGUGAAUCACUCGUCCAACUAGAGGGCCUGCAAUCCCUUGGCAGCCUUGAAAGGUUAGAGUUAAUUUAUACCCCAGGUUUGGAAUCUCUACAGCUGCACUCAUGCACGGCACUGGAAGAAUUGAGGAUUAGGCGCUGUAGAUCGCUCACCGCACUAGAGGGCUUGCAAUCCCUUGGCCGCCUUAAAAAGUUGGUGGUAGAGUGGUCCCCAGGUUUGGAAUCUCUACAGCUGCACUCUUGCACGGCACUGGAAGAACUGACAAUUACAUAUUGUGGACCACUCAUCCAACCAGAGGGCUUGCAAUACCUUGGCAGGCUCAGGCACUUGGCAGUAUACGGCUGCCCUGACUUGGGUCCAUGUUUGGAGCUGUUCCCUCAGCUGGAAAAGCUCGAGACCGAUAAUCCGUCUGUUCUUACCAUGUCAUUCUGCUACCACCACACCACCCUCCGACGCCUAAAACUUUACCAUUUGGUGCUAUCAGAGGAGCAAGGGAGAGCGCUUGUGCUCCUCACGUCCCUACAAGAGCUCGAAUUUAAUGAUUGCCCUAGUCUACUAGAUCUUCCUGCGGGGCUGCACCUCCUUCCUUCCCUCAAGAGGUUGAAAAUAUCUUAUUGUCAGCGAAUCUCAAGGCUUCCAGAAACAGGCCUCCCACUUUCGCUGGAAGAACUGGAAAUCUCUUAUUGUAGCAAGGAGCUAGAUGAUCAAUGGAAGGGUCUAGCAACGAGCAAGCUAAGGGUCACAAUUAAGGAAUGCUGGUAG